UCUAUGUUAAGUUAUCAGCUGUUACGCUGCAAUUUCACCGAAAUCAAAUGAAAUAUUUGGAGUAGAUAAGAGCACCGCCGAUUGAUCAUGGAAGUAGUACCCACGCAUUAUUCGGAAACACACAGCAUUACCAUAGGUCAGCAACCUCGCAAAGAGCGGUAGCGCUCUUGGAAACCUUAAUCUUCGAACACGUGCGUCCAUUUAAAAGGCUGACGGAAUUCCCCCUUGGUUUACGUAAAUAACUACGAUCCCGCCAUGACGGACGUGGAGAGCGCCGCGGCCAAAAAGUCCAAUCCCGUAAAGUCCUUCAUUGCGGGCGGCGUGGGUGGCAUGUGCAAUGUGAUCGUUGGAUAUCCACUGGACACAAUAAAGGUUCGCCUGCAAACAAUGCCCACUCAUUCGCCUGGACAACCGCCCCGUUACAAGGGUGUUAUAGACUGCGCCGCCCGGAUGUUCCGCCAUGAGGGAUUUCGUGGGUUCUACAGAGGAAUAUCAGCUCCCCUGGUUGGCGUUACACCCCUUUAUGCCGUGGACUUUGCGGUCUAUGCAGCGGGCAAGAGGAUGUUCCAAACAGACGACCACAUACGGCUCACCUACCCACAAAUAUUUGUGGCCGGAGCGCUGGCUGGAAUUUGUUCCGCCCUCGUCACAGUGCCCACGGAUCGAAUAAAGGUCCUACUGCAGACACAAACCGUCUCCAGUGGACCCCUUCUAUAUAAUGGAACCAUGGACACCGCUGUAAAGCUCUAUAGACAGGGUGGGAUUAGAAGUCUCUUUAAGGGGACCUGCGCCAGCAUUUUGAGAGAUUCGCCCACCGGCUUUUACUUUGUGACCUAUGAGUUCCUUCAGGAUUUGGCCAGGAAGAAGUCCAAGACAGGGAAAAUAAGCACAACAUCUACGAUUCUGUCUGGAGGGACGGCUGGCAUUGUGUUUUGGACUUUGGCCGUGCCCUUCGAUGUACUUAAAAGCCGUCUCCAGUCAGCACCUGAAGGUACCUACAAGCACGGCAUUCGAAGCGUUUUUAGGGACCUUAUGGCCACAGAAGGCGCCUCAGCUCUAUUCCGCGGAACUCUCCCGAUUUUACUCCGUGCCUUUCCCUCCACCGCUGCGGUUUUCUUCGGCGUUGAGCUCACCAAUGAUUUCUUGAAAGCCUAAACUUAAGGAUUAUUAUAUAUCUGCAUAUAUAAGAGAGGCUGUUUAGUUUUAUAUUUAAUAAAUGCAUUGUUAUUAAAGUUA